GUACCUGGUCAUCACACCCCCUCGUAGUUCCUGGGAGCCUAGUCCUGCUCCUGUCUGGAAACUUCACUUGGGGUCAUCCUGGGCAUCCGAUCUUCAGGGCCUCCAGAGAGGGCAUCUGAGACUCCCAGUCAGCUCGAAGCUGAACAGUCCCUUUUUGUUGAAAGGAAACUAACAUUUGUAGGGCACUUUAUUGUGUGUGCCAGCCUCUGUUUUGAGCAUUUACAAAUACCUCUUUAAUGCUCAGAACAGCACUCCGAGGUGAUAAUUAAUCAUCCCUUUUCCGUAAGUAGGGACUGGGAGGCUCUUGAGAACGUAGUAACCCGCUGCGCCCUCUCCUGGUAGGGGGUGGUCAGCCUUAGAGCCCAGGCUCAAAACCACCCACUGUGAGGGCUGAGGACCCCAGGCUAGAGGAUUUGGGGAGAGAUCGGGGUUUGCAAAGAAGUGGGUGAGAACCGAGAGGGGAGCAGUUCCAAGACCUGCCUGAACCCUGGGUGUUCAGGCUGCGAGGGGCGGGGGCGGAAGGGGGGAGUCCUGGCACUAGCCACGGAGGUGAGGACCAAGGGAUGAGGAGGGACAGGAGGUGCCCCAGCAUGACUUUCCAGAACCGGGUCCCAGUCCUCCCUCAGCCAAUUCCAGGUUGUUUCAGUGGCUCGCCCACCCCUUCGUCCCGCGGGGCCGCCUCCCUCAGGAGCGCUGAGCCCAAGGGCCAGGCUGUCCCCCAGGGGCGGGGAGUUGAGGGCCAUAAUGGGGCUGGGAGACGCUGGGAGGUUAGCGCGGUGCCUGUCCGGAGAGGUGAGCCGGCAGAUGUCCAGGCUGGGGCCGUGCCGCUGGCCACACUGGAUGGCCGGCGGGGCAGUACCAGGACUCCGGUCUGAGACUCCAGGUCGGACCCAGCGGCGGCCCCUCUCGGGCUCCUCGGCCCCUCACCUGCCGAGAUCCGCCGGAAUUGGGGGGCUGAGCGGCCGCAGUGACCACAGCUCCCCAGGAGCCCCCUGCCCGGCCUCCCCAGGCGGGCAGUGGAGUCAACCGGGCCCCUGGGCGCGCCAUGCGCAGCACCACCCUACUGGCGUUGCUGGCCCUGGUCCUACUCUACUUGGUAUCCGGUGCCCUGGUGUUCCAGGCCCUGGAGCAGCCCCACGAGCAGCAGGCCCAGAGGGAGCUGGGGGAGGUCCGAGAGAAGUUCCUGAGGGCCCAUCCAUGUGUGAGCGACCAGGACCUGGGGCUCUUCAUCAAGGAGGUGGCUGAUGCCCUGGGAGGGGGUGCGGACCCUGACACCAACUCAACCAGUAACAGCAACCACUCAGCCUGGGACCUGGGCAGCGCCUUCUUUUUCUCAGGCACCAUCAUCACCACCAUCGGCUAUGGCAACGCGGCCCUGCGCACAGAUGCCGGGCGGCUCUUCUGCAUCUUUUACGCGCUGGUGGGGAUCCCGUUGUUCGGGAUCCUGCUGGCAGGGGUCGGGGACCGGCUGGGCUCCUCUCUGCGCCGCGGCAUCGGUCACAUCGAAGCCAUCUUCCUGAAGUGGCACGUGCCACCGGAGCUGGUGCGAAUACUAUCCGCGGUGCUCUUCCUGUUGAUUGGCUGCCUGCUCUUUGUCCUCACGCCCACGUUCGUGUUCUGCUACGUGGAGGGCUGGAGCAAGCUGGAGGCCAUCUACUUCGUCGUAGUGACGCUCACCACGGUGGGCUUCGGGGACUAUGUGGCCGGCGCCAGCCCCAACCAGAACUCUGCAGCCUACCAGCCGCUGGUGUGGUUCUGGAUCCUGCUCGGCCUGGCCUACUUCGCCUCAGUACUCACCACCAUCGGGAACUGGCUUCGAGUAGUGUCCCGGCGCACUCGGGCAGAGAUGGGCGGCCUCACGGCGCAGGCCGCCAGCUGGACCGGCACCGUGACGGCGCGGGUGACCCAGAGAGUCGGGCCCACGGCACCACCGCCGCUGGAGAAGGAGCGGCCACUCCUGCCUCCACCGCCGUGCCCAGCGCAGCCCGCCGGCGGGCCCCUGUCCCCUGCGCUCCCAGCGAAGGCCGAGCCGCCAACCCCGCCGUCCCCGCCCACCCCGCCCACCGCCUCCGCGCUGGAUUACCCCAGCGAGAACCUGGCCUUCAUCGACGAGUCCUCUGAUACCCAGAGCGAGCGUGGCUGCGCGCUGCCCCGCGCGCCACGGGGUCGCCGUCGCCCCCCUAACCCUCCCCGGAAGCCCGUGCGGCCGCGGGGCCCAGGGCGUCCCCGGGAAAAAGGCGUGCCGGUGUAGGGGCAGGACCCCCGGCCUGGGCCUCUCAAAGGGCUUCGUUCUAGCUCUCCCUGGCAUGCUCUGCUUGUUUGACCAAAGAGGCCUCUUUCGACCGGACUGAGGCCUGGGGAGGAAGCUACGGGUUGCUUGUCUGCCACCCUCCCCCGCCCGGCUCCUGGCCCUCUCCUCACUUCAUUCAUUUGCAGACCCCCCAAGGCUUUCUGUCUCGCUGUCCCGGCUGGGCCCGUCCCUCACAACACCUCACGACUGUGCCUCAAAGCCUGCAUCAAUAAACGAAAACAGUUUGCACCGCU